CUCCCACGAGACUCGUGCCCAGUAUGCAAGCUACGGCGAAGGGAAUUGACAUGCCUCGGCGUUUUCACAUUGACACUGGUUCCACCAAAUAUUCGACCAGGCUCCCGCGUGUGGCGUCCAAUGCGCCGCCACGCCUGCGCUCUACCCACAAUCCCACAGUAUCUCACCCUUGGGCCGCUCUCAAUUGUCACAAAGCCGAAGAUAUAAAAAAUGUGUCACAUCUAAUGCGCGGCAUGCAAAGCCUUGAUCGCCCUUCGGACAUCGGUGAUCGAGAAGCUUUGCCUGAGAUAAUCGUGUACCGAGAAGGCUCCCCACCCGAGAGUCGUUAAUGACAUGCAAGGUAGACCGAGACCGAGGGGGCUGCCGCUGCACCUAUUAAGCGCAAACCUCAGCCUCCCUCCUGAAGGUGGAUCAUCGAGAUCAUUAAAUACG